AUGUCUACUCGCAUUGUUUCGGGUGACUGCUCCACCUUUUUAAGCGACGAGACUCUCCAAGAAGCCUAUGAGCUUAAUAUCCAGACAAAAAAUGGCAACAUUGUCAGAUUUGGCGAGCUUGUAGCGGGAAAAGGAGACUCGGUAACCACGAUUGUUAUCUUCGUGCGCCAUUUCUUCUGUCUAUAUGAUCAAGGCUAUGUCAAAACACUAUCCCAGCAGCUCACUCAGACCCUCCUCGAUACCAUCCCAGCCAGUGCCAAACCAGCCCAGGUGAUCAUCAUCGGCUGCGGCGACCAUUCCCUUAUCGUGCCCUACAUGGAAGAAACAUCCGAUGCCUUCCCCAUUUACACUGAUCCGACGGGGAAAAUAUACGAAACCCUACACAUGAAACGGACAAUGGAAGGAUUUACUAGUCCCCCGCCCUAUACACCGGAAUCAUUUCCUAGUGCUUUGGGUAAAUGUCUGAAGCAAAUAUGGAAACGCGGGUGGGCAGGACUGAGAGGUGGCAAUUGGAACCAGCAGGGUGGUGAAUGGAUCUUUCAACGGGGCAGACUCCGAUACGCACACCGGAUGGAAGGGGUGAACGAUCACCUCACGGCGGAUGACCUGUUUCAUGUUUUGAAGACAAACCAGGGACAGGAUAGACUAUCGUUAUCUUCAAGUUUGGAUAAACCGAGCGGUGGAAAGGGAGAGAUGGCCGAAGGAGGGAAAGAGUUUAAUGGCAGUAGCGUUGGAAAUGGAGGACCCUUGGUGACAUCAUAA